GUAACCGAACAAAGACGGACGUAAAGCGCCACGCUGUGACACGAAGAAGGARCUUCUUUCUCGGUAAAAAUGGCUCAAGGCUCAAAGAAAUUUAAGGCUCAGCGUCCUGGAGGGUCAAAGAAACACCAACAAAACAAACAAAAAGGACCGAAGAAAGGAGGGAGGAUUAUUGCACCCAAGAAGGCUCAAGUGGUUCAGCAACAGAAGCUAAAGAAGGGUCUGGAGGUUGCCAUCAGGAACAAGAUUGAGCAGGAAGUGACCCAGAAGGCCAGCUCUUCCCUCCACAAGCCCCUGGCUGUGGUUAAAGGAGCUGAGGGGAAAGGAAAGCCCGCCGCUGCCCGCCCUGGAUCCAGCUCCAAAUAACCGCCGCCACCGCCCGGGUCUCAUCAGGUUAUGGACUUUAGUGGAACCUCUGCUGGGGCUGCAGAGAAUUCUUUCAAACACAGUGUUUGCUGUUUUAUGUUCAGCGUGGUUCCAUCUCCCUUCAGUCACUUUAUAGUGUUUGUACAAUAAAAAAAACAAAAGGUGAGAUAAAUGUUUUGUGCUUCUGUUUUCCAUAUUUGUUUUCAGCCUGGAUAUUUAGAUGUUUACAGAAACGAACCUGCACAAGUACAUGAUCUGUACCUUAAACUAAAAUCUGGUAAAGUAUAUAAUAAAGAAGAAUAACCUCUGAUGGUAAACCAGCGAUACGGCUGAAAAAAUGUAUCGCGAUAUAUGUGAUACAUUUAUCAUAUAAUCCUGAUUCAUAUCGGUUCAUGUUGAUAAUUAUUGAUUAGCAGUAUUUCAAAGGUUUAAAACCUUUCCAUUUUUAUACAGUUUUCACUGUCUUUUUCAAUUAUUUUUAAGCAGUUAUGAGACACAGUGGCAAAACAUGAAACUGCUGCUGCGCAAGUUGCUAGGCAACCAAAGAGUGCAAGAGUUAGUUGAUGCCACCAUUCUUGCUUAGCUUAGCCAGGAGAGGUUGAGCAGCUAAAGCCUUUCCUCAGCCUACAUCCCCCAUCCGGUUCUGGCUCAGAGUUCUGUGAAAUGACUGAAAAAUCUGACAUGACUGAAAUUAAUCGCCUGUCUAUAUUAUUGCCCAGUCCUAACCUGUGUUAAAACUUUAUAUAUCUGAAAUGUUAUAUUUGCAAUUCUAUCAAAUUAAAGCUUAUUUUGACAAGUGAA